AUGGUGCUUGACUCAUCCCAAAACAGUGGUCAUCUGACGGGUUCAGGUGGCCAUCUGCCACCAUCACCACAUUCCAAGUCCGGCGACAGAUCACAGCGACCUUCCAGUUCCUCUUCGACUGAAGAGCUGAAAGCCGCUUCCCAAGCAGUGGAACAGGAGAUAAAUGUUGUGCGUGCUUUGAAGAGACUUUCGAUAGGCAAUUCGCUGGAUUUUGAUCCUGAUCUACCUUUCAAUGAGACGGAGUAUGGCGAAGUCAAUUACCUAAACUUGCAGCAGCAGCAGUCUGAUGAAAUUCUCAAUGAUCUCAACAAUGAUCCUUACGAAUAUGACUCCGAUAGCGUGUUAUCAGCCUCCAAUAAGCUGAUGUGGGUUCCUGCAAACGCGCAUCCAAAUUUGGCACCUGAAAAUUUCAGAAAACAUGUGCAAAGCACCGUGAACGAGAUCACUGAGCAGUUGAACAACAACCGGUCUGGAGAGUUAUCCAGAAGAGGAUCAUUGAGGCGAAGUGGAAGCAGAGGUAAUUCACUCACGCAGCACGGAAGGAGGCCUUCCAUCAAGCAACUGACUGAGGAGUUGGAAAGCUUAUCGAAAAUGGCAGGAUUGGAUUCAACUGAUGCUAUCACGCUGGCCAGAACUCUCUCCUCGUCGACACUGGGGUUCACUUCUGCUGAGAAGAAUGCAUAUUCUACGACACAAGGCGAAUCGCAGUCAUCUUCAGUUCCUAACGAACCUAAGACUGAUGAAAUGGACGAGAUUUUCCUCCCAAGCGAGGAGCACAGCCAGCUGCGAAGGAGCAGGUGGACAACUUAUAGAAGAGGUGGUUCUGGCAGGUUCAGUGGUAGAUCUCCUGUAUCUCCAACUUUGGGCCCGGAAGCGGAUACACAAUCUGCAGAGCCAUUGCAGCACCGUCCGCGUACUCCAUUGCGUGGAAGAGAACCUCUUGACAUGUUGAAUGACCACAAGGAAAUUUCUGAAAAUGCUUAUUUGGAUCAUACCUUGCCCGUUGAUGCAGAUAUCGUCAAACCCGAUUUGAGUCUAGGUCCUCGCACAGCUCCUCCUUCGCAGAAUCCACCUCCCAAGCCAGUCUUGCGAAGAGCAACACCAUCGGAAAUCAUACAGGAUAAACCGUUACCACCACCUCCGGUAGAGAAACAAAAGUUGAAGAAGAAAAAGUCAUACGGAAUCUUGUCUGGAUCGUCAUCGUCCGCACCUUCUUCUCCUGGAGGGCAGAAAAAGAAGAGCAGUUGGGGCUGGCUCAAGGACAGGCACAGUUCUCAGAGCUCUUCUGAAAGCAUAGCCUCGGAUAAAACCGAUGCUGAGCUUCCGCAGAUACCAAUUGAAGCAGAACGACUAUCUCUCGAUUCAGCCCGCGAGCAGAAUCUGGUGGACCAGAAAGAGUCUUAUUCCUCAACAGGGCACUCCAGAAACCGCCAUAAGGGCGUGAGCAUAACACAGCAAAGACCUUUAUUGACAUCACAGAAGAAAUUGGAACCUGAGCUCAAAGAGAAGGAAAAGGAGCCUGAUAAGGAAACCAUGAGAGAAGCAACCAAGAAGAGUAUUUCCAAGUUGUUCAGAAGAAAGGCAAGUGGUUCCGUUUCCAGCCCUGAAAUUUCACCAGCAGAAGAUAUUCCUAGUGAUUAUGAGCGUGUCUCGCCGUCCUUGGAACCCGUGGAACCUGAAGUGAUAUCAAGAAUUUCUAAGCCCACAAAACAGGCAAAAUCAUUUACCGAAAGGCCCGUUGACUCCAAUUCUCCUGCAGAACACCAACGCUUCACGCUUGAUCCUAGGGGUACUUCCAACCCAUCCGAGCAAAUAGGGAAGCCAGAGGAACCUCAAACGCCCUCAGUGGGAGAGAGAGAGCUUCUGAAAUCAACGCUGAAGAUAGAAGACCGAUCCAAUAGGAAGCCAAAUGCCCCAUUGGAAUAUACAGACUCUGCCUUCGGAUUCCCAUUACCACCUGCAUCUCAAUCGACUCUGGUGAUGUUAGAUUACAGGUUUCCUAUUCAUGUGGAAAGAGCAAUAUAUCGUCUAUCUCAUGUGAAGCUUGCAGAUGCCCGCAGACCAUUGAGGCAACAGGUGCUUCUAUCGAACUUCAUGUAUGCCUACCUCAAUCUGGUGAACCACACUCUGUAUCUUCAGCAGGUUCCCGAUCAGGCAAAUGGCCCUGAAUUGUCUAUAGAGGACAAAAUGAUGAUGGGACAGGCUGAACUAGGUGUUUCACAGAAUUAUGACUCCAUACCUGAUGCUCAGAUCUACGACGACGAAGAGAUAUACUUUGAAGCAAAUUGA